CCGUCCCCGCCUCUGGCCCCGUCCGCCGUGGCCACCGCCGCCCCCGACCUCGUUCUCCUCCUCGCAACUCUCUCGUCCAUACGUCGUAGCCGCCGCCUGUCUCUCACCGUCGACAUCCCGACAACUCUCAGCCCAGAUCGAGCUUCCCCCUUCCCAAAUCGGGUUCUACUUGGGCUCCCGCCACCGCCUCCCUACACCAGGUGCCAAGGCCUUCGCCGACCUCUUCGCCGGCGAAGAGCGCCCAGCAGAGAUGAAUGUAGCGGUGCCACCACAAUCUCCACAUCUUCAUCUAUAUGAUUUUGCCAAGAGUGCCAUCAUAAAUUUUUUUGCCUUUCCUUAUGCUACGGUAUGUGGCCUAUAUUGCGACGGUGGAAUGGAUACAGACAAGUGGUGUGAUUCCCAGGUUGGCCACUACAUAGGCAUCAGUGCCUCUGCAUCGGGUGUCAACUAUGCCCGUGAGCUAUGGGAGAACAGGAGGAAACCUUUCACUGCUGAAUUCAUCGAGUUGGAUCCUUCUGAUGAUGGUUUUGAAGCUCAAGUGCAGGAAAAGGGCAUCCAAGUAGAUAUAGUUUGCUGUAUGUAGCACUUGCAGGCGAGUUGGUUGUUCUCUAGAACUGUAGAAUAUGAUAUCUUGUGAGCUUUGCUAAUCUUUA